AUAUAGGAGGGGCCCGCUGCGUCAUGACGUAGCCGGCGGGAGUCGUGACGCACAGUUCCUUGUUUUCAACAUAGCGCGGGAGUUUCAUCAAUUGUGUGGAAUCACCCGGAGAAGUUUCUGGUGGUGUGUGAAAAUGCCUUGCGAGAGGAAGCCGAUGCGCUACGGUCACUCUGAAGGGCACACCGAGGUCUGCUUUGAUGACACGGGGGAAUUCAUUGUAACCUGUGGAAGUGAUGGUGAUGUUCGGAUAUGGAAAGGUCUGGAUGAUGAUGAUCCAAAGUUCAUCACUGUUGGGGAAAAGGCUUACUCUCUGGCGCUCAAGAACGGCAAGCUAGUGACAGCAAGCUCCAACAACACAGUGCAGAUCCACACAUUUCCUGAUGGUGAUCCAGAUGGUAUCCUAACCAGGUUCACCGCCAGUGCCACACACGUCACCUUCAACAGCAGCAGCUCAAGAGUCGCAGCUGGAUCCAGUGACUUUAUGGUUAAGGUGGUGGAGGUGUCUGACAGCAGCCAACAGAAAACACUCCGGGGUCAUGAAGCACCUGUCCUCAGCGUCACCUUUGACCCCAAAGAUGACUUCCUGGCGUCCGCCAGCUGUGAUGGCUCUGUUGUGGUGUGGAAUAUUGAAGAACAGACCCAGGUGAUCAGCUGGCCUCUGCUGCAGAAGACCAAUGACGUCAGCAAUGCUAAAUCCCUGUGUCGGCUGUCCUGGCAGCCCGGGUUGGCAAAGUAUUUAGCAGUUCCUGUAGACACAAAGGUGCACCUGUACAAGCGGGGGUCCUGGGAACAAGUCAGCACUCUGUCUGAUGAUCUACUCACACAGCCCAUCAACGUGGUGGCCUGGUCUCCCUGUGGGCAGUUCCUGGCUGCAGGCAGUGUGGGGGGUUUACUGACGAUGUGGGAUGUGAACAGCAAGCUGUGUGUGGAAAGGCAGAAGCAUGAGAAAGGCUUCACCGUGUGCUGUCUGGCCUGGCAUCCUUCAGGUAGCCAGAUCGCCUACACAGACACUGAGGGCUGCCUGGGCCUGCUGGACGGACUCAGCACCUCCACAUCUGUCCCCAACACUGUCAAGCAGGCACCAGCAACAAAGCCUGCAAAGGACUAUGAUGACCUGUUUGAUAAUGAUGAUGAUGAUCGACUCAUGGAUGAAGGACUGAGUGACACCAACUCACCAGUUAAAAAACCUGCCGCUGGGGACGAUGACGAUGAUGACUUCAUGCCUGUGACAGGGCGGGUGAGGAACAGAGGGGCCAUCCUGGAUGAUGAGAACUCACUAGACACUGGAUCGCUGAAGCUCGGUCAGGAAAAAUUUGGGGAUGAUGAUGAUGACGCUGGCAGCGCUGUAGUGCCUGCUGCUGCCCCACUACCCUUUCGCCCCAUCUAUGAAGGACCAUUGCCAACUCCUCCCCAGAAGGCUUUUCAGCCAGGCUCCACCCCUGCACAUCUAAUGCACCGCUUCAUGAUGUGGAACUCAGUGGGAAUAGUACGAAGCUACAAUGAUGAGCAGGACAAUGCCAUUGAUGUGGAGUUUCAUGACACGGCUGUGCACCAUGCCAUGCACCUCACCAACUCCCUGGGUCACACCAUGGCUGAUAUUUCGCAAGAGGCAGUGCUGCUGGCCUGUCCUAGCACAGAUGAGCUUGCCAGUAAGCUGCAGUGCCUCCACUUUUCAUCAUGGGACACCAAUAAGGAGUGGAUGGUGGACCUGCCAAGGGGCGAGGAUGCAAAGGCGCUGUGUCUGGGUCAAGGCUGGAUGGCGGUUGCCACUAGCACACUGAUGCUCAGGCUCUUCUCCAUCGGAGGACUUCAGAGGGAAAUCGUCAGUUUGCCGGGACCUGUGGUCUGCCUGGCGGGACACGGACAACAGCUGCUCAUCGUCUACCAUCGGGCUACAGGUUUUGAUGGGGAACAGAGUCUGGGUGUUCAGCUGCUGCAGUUUGGUCGAAGGAAGAAGCAAAUCAUCAACGGCGAACCCCUGCCACUCUCUCAAAAAUCCUACCUGUCCUGGCUUGGAUUCACUGCUGAGGGUACCCCUUGCUACGUAGAUUCAGAUGGCGUAGUACGGAUGCUGAAACGCUCUCUGGGAAAAAAUCUGGGAAACAGGUGGACACCAGUGUGUAACACCAGAGAGACCUGCAAAAGCAAGUCGGAUCAUUACUGGGUUGUUGGAGUGCAUGAGAACCCUCAACAGCUCAGGUGUAUUCCAUGUAAAGGCUCCAGGUAUCCACCCACUCUACCCAGACCUGCUGUGGCCAUCCUUCCCUUUAAGCUGCCUUUGUGUCAGACCGCCACGGAGAAAGGACAGAUGGAGGAGCAGUUCUGGCGUUCAGUCCUCUUCUACAACCACUACAGCUUCCUGUCUUCCAGCGGCUACGAGAUAGACGAGGAUGGACAGCGCCAGUCCCAGAAGGAGCAGCAGGAGCUGCUUAUGAAGAUGUUUGCAUUGUCCUGUAAGCUGGAGCGGGAGUUUCGCUGUGUGGAGCUGGCGGAGCUGAUGACUCAAAAUGUGGUGACUCUGGCUAUUCGAUAUGCGUCCCGAUCCAGACGCCUGGCCCUCGCUCAGCGGCUCAGUGAGAUUGCCCUGGAGAAAGCCAAUGAGCUCCAGGAAGAAGGUCCAGAGGAGCAGGAGGAUGAGUACUCCAUUGUCAGGUACAGCCAAGGUGAGGCCACAGGAGGACGUUUCAUAAACAGACAGGAUCAGGAGGAGGAAGAGGAGCAAGGACAAGAGCUUGGGGAGGAGGAGGAUGGAGACGAGAUGGAGGAAACUGACACAAGAAAAUGUAUGAAUCCGUUUGCUAAAGCAGCAGGUUCACCAGUGAAGCCCUCGCCAACGCCAAUUGGUAAAGUAGGACGUGCGAAUCCUUUCAAGGUUCCUGACUUGGGGAAACCGCCAGCUUCGUCCGGUCAGCCUCGAGUGACAAACAUCCUGGACAAUAUGAUGUCCAGCAGGAAGUCCACUCCACUCGGCGGGUCUGCAGGGAGGCCAAACAAAAGUCCUGUCCUCAAACCGCUGGCCCCCAGGCCCAAGUCAAAGACCCAGUCCACUCUCCUGCAGAUGACUGGCACGAAGGCAGUCAGUAAGAAGACUCAGGAGAGCACAGAACCAGCUGCAGAGCAGCAGAAACCACCAGACAUCCGGCCUCCAGCCUCCACGGCAGAUAACACUGAGAACAAGAGACCAAAGACAGGCUUUCAGCUCUGGUUGGAGGAGAACAGGAAGAGUAUUGUAGCUGACCACCCUGACCUGGAGGAGACUGAUAUCAUCAAAGAGGCCAUGGGACGCUUCAGAACUCUGUCGGCAGAGGAGCGAUUGACGUGGACGGAGAGAGCUAAAGGCCACACUGGAGACGCAGCAGAGCUGAAGAAGAGGAAAAGGGUAGAAGGAGGAGAUGUGGAAAAUGAAAAUGGACAGGCAGAAGCAGAUGAGAAUAAUGCCAAGAAGAAAAAAUCUUUGGAUCCUUCCUCCAAGCUUUCAGCGUUUGCAUUUAACAGAACCUGAUUUUUCUUUUUUGUGUUUUGAUGUGAUGGUGGUUUAUGUUGAGCUGUAUGUGUGAAACUGCCCCUCCUGACAGUCGAAGAGGAUCAUUGAAGCAUGUUCUGUGCUCCACACAUGUUAAGUCUGUUGGUCUUUGAGGCACUUGAUCAGAAUGUAUAGAGCCCUUAAGCUUCCUUCAAAGUAAAUGAUGGAUCAGUGGCUUUCAUCAGCUCAUGCCAGUAUCACUAAUGGAACAUCCUUGGUUUUGUUUAGUGUUUUACUGCAUUUAUAACAUUUAUAAAAACCCUGUUCUCAAUUUUAGCAACAUAAUAAAUGUAAAUGUUCACACUUCAUUUAGUUUGUUUUUU